AUGCGGCCCCGGCCCCGUCGCCUACCUACGGCCCCGACCCCGUCGCCUACCUACGGCCCUAGCCUCGUCGCCUACCCGUACCGCCCGAGCCACCGAGUCGCCCAAGCCGCCCGAGCCGCCGCGUCAACCGAGCCGCCCAAGUCGCCCGAGCCGCCCGAGCCGCUCGAGCCGCCAGGUCGCCGGGCCGCAGUUGCCGCCCGAGCCGCCCGAGCUGCCCAAGCCGCCGAGCCGCAGUUGCCGCCCCAGCCGCCCGAGCCGCCAAGUCGCCGACCCGCCCGAGCCGCCCGAGCCGCCGAGCCGCCCGAGCCGCCCCUGUCUGGUAAGAGCAGCGCCUCUAACACUGCACUGCCAUUACCCCACUAUUCGCGCUCCUACACUACUGCUGUCAUGGCCACCCCUAGUGUCCUCGCUUUUGACGCUGAGGGUUGGGCCAUUGACUUUGACGUAUGGAUAGAUGACCUGCAGCUUUUCCUACAGUGCGAUAGGGCGGACGGUCUUUCACUCUUUGACCUCACCUCUGGUGCCUCUUCUCCCCCUGCUGCUGAUGCUGACGCCACUAUUCACUCACAGUGGGCCACACGCGAUGCUGCUGCACGUCUUGCUCUGCAUCGCCACCUGCCUACCUCUGAGCGUGCGCACUUUAGUCAGUACAAGAGUGCUCAGACCUUGUACGACGCUGUAGUUGCACGCUACUCCUCCCCUGCCACUACUGCACUGAGCCGCCUCAUGCUACCGUACCUCUUCCCUGACCUUGCUGCCUUUCCCACAGUCGCUGAUCUCAUUACGCACCUCCGCACUAGUGACACUCGCUACCGCGCUGUGCUUCCUGCUGAGUUUUGCGCCAAGAACCCCCCCCCCAUGUACAUCACCCUCUACUACAUAGUCACCCGGCUCCCUAACUCUCUUCGCGUAGUCAGGGACCACUUCCUCUCGGUUUGCCCCACCACUCUCACUAUUGACCUCCUCGAGAAGGCCCUCCUUGCAACAGAGAAGAGCAUAGUCGCUGUAGGAGCCUCUCGUGGUGACCCUCGCAUCCCCAUCUUUGAGGGGUGUUCUCCCUCCCCCCUUUUGCCCUCUGUCGCCUCUACUGUUGCGGCCGACCUCAUUGGUCUUGAGUCGGUCGGUGCGGCGUCUACCCCUAGCGGGAGACGCCGCUCUGGCAAGGGCAAGGGGGGCAGGGGCGCUGGAGGAGCUAGCGGGGGCGGUGGAGGCGGCGGUGGAGGCUGCGGAGGGAGUGGGGGUGGCGGUGGGAGUGGUGGCGGGGGUGGAGGUGUUGGUGGCGGCAGUGGAGGCGGAGGCGGCGGCGGCGGCGCUGGCGGUGGAGGAGGCGGUGGCGGAGGAGGUGGAGCUGGUCAGGGUGGCGCUAUGCAGCGGGGCGGCUCCGGUGGUGGUCCGCGCCAGCAGCAGCAGCAGCAGCUCCGUGAGUGGUACGUUGCGCGUCAGCGGGGUGGGGGUACUGGUCCGUGCACCUACAUCCUACGCACCGGCGACCGCGCGGGUGAGCAGUGUGGGGGUGCGCACCCCACCCAGCGCUGCUUUGGCCGCCUGACGGACGCUUGGCGUCACCAGUUCCCGGAGGCCACUGAGAUCCCCCGCUGGGGUGAGCUGUCUAGGGCGGGAGUAGCUAUCUUUGACCUUGACUUCGAUGCUAUUCUUGCUGCCAUGUAUGCCGUGACUAUUAGUGAUGAGGGUGACUGUUACCGGUGUUUCCCGCCCGACUCGGGCAUUGAUACUACUGCUCUAGGUACGGGUGAGGCUGCUACUCUGGGUGCUAGCGAGGCUUCUGCUCCUACUGCCACUAAGUCUGCUUCCUCAGGUGCUGGUGAGUCUGCGCUCUCAGGUACCACGUCGGCUUCGGCCUCCCUCACUUUCACCCUUCACUCAGGGGCUUCUCGCUCCUUCUUUCGAGACCGCACCACACUCACGCCGCUUGGUCGGCCAGUUGCAGUCUCUCUGGCAGACCCCUCUGGGGGUCCUGUCCUUUCUCACUUCUCCACUGUCCUCCCGUGUCCGGCGGCCCCCUCUAGCGCCUUGUCUGGUCUUUACCUUCCCUCGUUCUCUACGAACUUGGUGAGUGGUGCUGACCUACAAGAUGCGGGGGUUCACCAGUUCACUCCUGCGAGUCAGCGGGUGACCCACUGCACGGACGCUCACACAGGCCGGCACCUGGCCACGUUUACACGUCGGCCGGGGUCGAGCCUGUAUACACUGACCACUGAGUCUCCUACGGUCACUGAGUCUUGUCAGGUAGCUGCGUCGGGUCACGUGUUUGCUGCAGCGUCCAGGUCUGGUUCUGAGUCUGCCCCCUGCUCGUGUCGCCUUCUGUCUCACGAGACUCUCCUGUGGCACCACCGCCUUGGUCACCCCUCCCUGCUUCGUCGCCGAGGCAUGGCCUCCCGUGUCCUUGUCUCUGGUCUUCCCCGGUCCCUCCCUCCCCUUCCUCUGGGGCCUGGCCCUACCUCCGUCCCCUGUGUCGAGGGGCGGCAGCGGGCUGCCCCUCACUCCUCCCAGUUUCCUCUGACAGAGGCCCCGCUGCAGACGCUUCACAUGGACGUGUGGGGCCCGGCCUGCGUCCGUGGACAAGGUCACGAGCGCUACUUCCUGCUGGUGGUUGACGAUUACUCGCGUUACACCACAGUCUUCCCCUUGCGCAGCAAGGGUGACGUCACUGAGGUGUUGAUCGACUGGAUCCACGCAGCUCGUCUCCUGCUCAGGAGGAGCUUCGGCUCGGACUUUCCUGUUCUGCAUCUGCACUAUGACCGAGGCGGAGAGUUCUCCUCUGGUCUUCUGCGAGCCUACUGUCGUGCAGGAGGCAUCCCCCAGACCUUCACGCUUCCGGACUCUCCACAGCAAAAUGGGAUUGCUGAGCGCCGCAUUGGCAUGGUAAUGGACGUCGCCCGCACGUCCAUGAUGCAUGCGGCUGCCCCCCAUUUUCUGUGGCCGUUUGCGGUCCGGUAUGCGGCGCAUCAGAUCAACCUUCACCCCAAGGUCUCCAUGCUGGAGACCUCCCCAGCUUUGCUGUGGACGGGGAAGGUUGGCGAUGCGUCUGCGUUCCGUGUCUGGGGAUCUCGGGCGUUUGUCCGCGACUUGUGUGCGGACAAGCUGUUCCCUCGUGCUGCUCCUUGCGUCUUUCUUGGCUUCACCCAUGACGCGCCAGGGUGGCAGUUCUACCACCCCACCUCUCGUCGUGUUCUGUCCUCCCAGGACGUCACGUUUGACGAGUCGGUCCCCUACUACCGCCUCUUCCCCUACCGCACUCCGUAG